CAAAUUAUACUUUUCGUGAAGAAUCUGGAUAUCAAAGAAUUGAAAAAGAACAAGCUGAAAUUUAUGGCUAUCACGAUGUUUAAUGUCAUCCUGCAGAAACAAGCAGCCUUCGAUAAAAAUAUCGAUGUGGAAAUGAUCAUCGACGUUUGUCAUGAUAUAUUAGAGUCAAUGACAAAGAUUGUCAAAUGUGACGAUGAUAAUGACACGAUUUCAUUCGCCAUUGAUUCAUUAUGCAGUACCUGCGCCAGCAGUGCUCGAUUUUGCCUCAUGCAAGAUUCGAGAGAAAAUAAUCAGACCGAACUUAAGAUUUACGAAAAGAAAAAUAAUUUGGAAAUUUCGGUGUACCAUACGGUGAUGGAUAUAAUUAUACCAUACGUUAAAGACAAAGACUUAUCUUCUCUAGACUUAAUCGGAUUUUAUAGAAGUCUCGUCUUUUGUCUGAACAAUUUGUAUCAGCUAAAAAAUUGCAAUAAGGACAAUUUGUCGAAUCAUUUGACUGCCAAUGGAUAUCUGAAGCGCUUGUUAUAUUUAACUGUGCAGUUUCCGUAA